AUGGGGCGUGGCAAUAUCGAGAUCAAGAGGAUCGAGAACUCCACCAACCGGCAGGUGACCUUCUCCAAGCAGUGGGCCGAGAUCAUUAAGAAGGCCCGCGAGAUCGAUGUGCUCUGCGACGCCGAGGUUGGCAUUGUCAUCUUCUCCAGCGGUGGCAAGCUCUACGACUACUACUCACCUAGGACCAGGCUUUCUAGGAUCUUGGAGAAGUACCAGACCAACUCUGGGAAGAUCCUGUGGGAUGAGAGGCACAAAAAGUGGCAGUAG